UAGUUAAGAAAGGAAAUAAGGGAGGCCCCCAGCGCGGAGGUUGGCUUUGCCGCAGCUGACCUCUCUGGUCAUGAGACAGAGACUGAGAUGGCCAUGGAUCGACUAGCCAGAGGAGCCCAGAGCAUCCCUACUGGCAGCCCUGCCCAUGCUGAGGGCCCAGGUGUGGAAGAGGAUGGCUUUGUGGAGAAGGAAGACGAUGGGGAACUGUACGCCUGGGAGCUGUCAGAAGGGCCACCCAUGGAACAGGCUGCUGAUCUCUUUAGCGAGGAGGACUGGGACUUGCAGCUGAGAGCAGACCAAGGCAAUCCUAACGAUGCCGAUGACAUCCAGGGGAGCAUGUCUCAAGAGAUUAAGCCUUGGGUGUGCUGUGCCCCGCAAGGAGACAUGAUGUAUGACCCCAGCUGGCACCACCCCCCUCCACUGAUACCACAUUAUUCUAGGAUGGUCUUUGAAACAGGACAGUUUGAUGAUGCUGAAGACUAACUCGUCACUUUCUGCCUCGUGGGAGUUUGUGUUCUCCAGAUCAAGGGUUGUUUCCUGUGUUCAGUGAGAUGUCCUGUGCAGGCGUUGUUCCCAGGGUUCCUCAGCAUGGGCCACAGGCGGCUGUUGACUGGGGCUGCCGCUCUUCAUUUUGUUGUUAGUUCUGUUGUUGUUGUUAAUGGACACUUGGGUAUGUGUUGGCAUUUUUUUGUUCUUUAUAAAGGAAAAAAUAACUCAGAAAAAAAAAAGAAAGGAAAUAAAUCAUCAGGGAAUUCUAGAGGGGAAGGCUGGUGUGCUAUGCUACAUUUUUAGGUUGUUAGAUAAAGAGCUAAAAGUUUUAUUUUCAGUAAAAUUAUGAGUAGGGCACGGAUUGUUUUUUAAAUCAGUGCACCACUUUUUUUCUCCCAGCAUGUAUUGAUAAUAUCGGGUAACCAGACAACCUAUGUACACAGUCGGGGGAAGCUUAUGGUUCCUACAUCUGAUAGCAUAUUCACCAGAUGCUGCAAUUUCUACGGCUCUGUGUCUGGAGUUUACACUGAUUACUCUAAGCAGGAGAAACAAAGACAAAUGAUCAGUUCUGGGAUAUGCUGUUAUCAAUCAUUCUGAUCAUGGGCAUUGUGGGUCUGUGGUGCCAACAGGAAGUCUUUUCUCUGGGUUGUGGUUAAUUAUCUCCUCUGCUGUCCUUGGGAGUAAAACACAAGCAGUAAGUUUCCUGAACUAAAAUUUUCAGUAAACUGAGGUGAAGGUGAGCGUAAGGAGUCAGGAAUCUUUUAAGUUGGGUAAAACCAGGGCUUGCUUAUUCUUCUAUCUGAGCAGCUAUGAAUCAACAGCUUUGGGCAAGUAGUAACUCUGUGUCCUUGGAUAUCUGUGAAUGUCUUAAAUGGAAUGCUUUUGCCUGGAUCCUGUACACUGACCAAAUGCCUGUCAAUAAGGAUAACUACAGGAAGGCAUGUCUCUGCAUUUACCUAGGAGAGAGAAAGGAAGGCCUGGCAG